AGAUUCAGGUGAAAACUCCAAACUAUUCAAGUUUUACAUACACGAGCACAUGGUGACAAUCAAAUCUCUUUAGAGGUUCUUAUUUUUCCCUAACAUAAUUUCGUUAAUUUAAAUGUUUAGUAACUGACUCUUCUCACUGAGCUAAACAACAAGAAAUAUAACCUAGUAAAAUUCAGUUAACACCGUUACAUUUGACCUCUUAUAUGCAUAUUAUAUUAUUUGUAGUAAAAAAAAAUACGACAAAAUCUCACUAAAAUUUUAAAAAGGUGCUUGUGGCCUGAAGUGGCUCACGGCUGACAUGCACUCGUCCAGCCAUAGGAUGCUACGAGCGAUGUGGGCUUUGAUGCGUCGAGUGUGGACGAAGCGGAUGACGUUGCUGCCCUUCAUCUUAUUCCUUUAUAUCUCGAUCAGUAUCUUGACAUCAUCAAAGUCACUGAAAGCUCUCUUAGGCAAAAAAAGAUUCAAGUAUGGAAGCGUCAAAAUCACCAGCUACGUCGACUUGUCGCAGGCCGACAUUCCCCGCUACGUAAUGUCGCCGAUGGACUUAACUCUUCCAGGGAAUCAAGUUCUCUUCAACCCAAUAAAGUCGUCCCAAAAAUGUUUUCAGUUUUAUGAAGGCACACCUGACGAGUUGGAUGACAUGAUGAAGAAUAAAUCAAAACCUGCAGAACGGAUCAAGUCUGCACUCAAGUCUUUCUACGGGUCAAUUGCUUCCGGUGUUGGAAACUCGUUGAGCGUAGGAGGAGAAGAAACAACAAAGGAGAUGAGCAAGGAAGAGACGUUGGAACUCUACAGAGACUCGCUCGACUUUGCCAAGGAAAAAAUUGAACAAACUGCGAUGACUGACCACGUGAAUCAGUGCAUCUUCCAUGGAUUCUCUAUGAAUGAGUCUGAGGCGAUGUGGUGGCAGGCAGAGCGGCACGUGAGGGCGCAUCAGUCUUGUCGCCGCUACCACACUAUACCAGACGUGCGAGACCUGCGUGCAUACAACCUCAGGCAGCACCGCGGCUCCGGCGUGCGACUGUGUGCCCCAGCCAAGAUAGGACCCAUAGACUGGCAAGCGCUGGUCCUAGACUCCUCUCAGAGCUCCAAGUCCAAACUGGACGACUUUCACCGAACUCGAAACCGAGGCCCCGGGGACGACGUUGCAAGAGAACUGCAAGAACAAGACGGCUUAACCCCACUUGAAAAUGACGUACAAAAUGAAAGUCGAUGGGAACGUCCUCUGACUAUCAUAGUGUCUACUCACCCAAUCUUGAGGCUCGUGAUGGCGUAUCUAUUUGGGAUAAAGGCAGGAUACCGAAAAGAUGACCAAAUCAAGUGGAUUAAAGAAAUCAGGGGUAAGAGCAUACAGACGCUGCUCGACGAGAUUAAGAGCAGCUUGGCUAAGAAGAACCCUGACGUCGCCAACAGUAAAUUACUCACGAAACUUUUCUACGUUGAGCAUCUCGAUGAAUCCACUGACUCUCUGAACACGACGGAGGCAGACGAGCUGAGCUUCAGAGAGUUCGUGUGGGUGGUGAUCAGAGACGUGCACAACUGCGUUAACGACUUCCAGUGCCUUACGGAAAUAGAUGAACUGUGGCGACCGCAGUACGUACAGUGUUCGCCGUGCUCCAUUGCGUUCGAUGUCCUCAGCGAGAUUGACACGCUCUACGGCGACAGUGCCAUUCUGUCGAAGCUCAUCGGUCAGAACGCAGUCUUCGGCAAUAUUUUCAAAGAAAACGUUCCAGAAACAGAUAGUGAUCCCUUCAUAACGGUCCCUCCUCUAAAAACUAAUUCUACAAAUUUGGACGAGACGGAUGAUGAAAACAAAGAGAACUUUGAAUCGGGUUCGAAAGUCUGUGAGAAAAUUAAGGAUCAGUCACAAGGAACGAAAAACUUUGAAAGAAAUUUAUCAAAACUUAAAUCCGUCGCCAUUGAUUAUAUCAACACCAUCUCAGCACAGGAGUACAAGAUUUUGUAUGGUGUGCUGGCAUUCGAUUUUACUCUAUUCGGUUAUGCCGGAAUGGAUCUGUUCAAGAAGUGUUCCACAUUUCAGAAGGAAAAAGAAUUACUUGAUUAACGAACAUGAGAUGUGCCUUUCUUUUCACCAAGGCUGCGAGUUCACCGGUCCUUGUCGACUACCGAAGAAUGGCUAUUUUGACUGUAUAGAUUUUCGUGAGCUCAACUUCAUUUUCUUAGGCUUUGAUAGCAACGUAGAGGCAUUGAUCUUGCAAACGCUUCGGCUGGCAAAUUAUUAUUCAACGCUUAUCCCAAACUGCUCAAAUACGAUAAGGGUAAAACACUUUCAAUGAACCGGGGUGCGCCGCAUUUCCAUUACAGCAAUAGUCCUGUAUUAUCCAAACCAAUAAUGGAAUGCAAUUAACGCUUCAAACAACCGAGAUGUGAACGCUAAUCCAAAUAUUGGCUGCCUAUGAGAUACAUUACGUGGCUAAAAAUUACAUCAACGGCUUGCUCUUCCUUCCAGUUUCAGUCCUUUUUCAAAAUAAAUUGACUAGAUAAAUCACGCGGCGAGUUAUCAUUUAUCGGCCGGUAUUCCAGUAACGUCAGCACUAAGCAGUCCGGCAGAAUAAUAGUCAAGUGUUCAAUCUUAGGGAAACUCCUACAGAUUUACUAGCAUACCUGGCAAUAAUAGCUUUGAAUUAUAAUUAGUGGAUGUGCGAGCUGUACGUUUCAGGAGGUAAAAAUAUACUUUCUUCUCAGCAAAUUUAAUUCAAAACAAUCACGCACGAGUCACAAUCCAUAUGAAAUUGAUGAGAUAAUGGAAGAUGAAGCAUGAUCAAAUGCCCUCUAAUGCAAAACUAUAGAAUUAUAAUUUAUUAUAACAAUAGAAAUUUAUUAUCAUUGAAAUCAGCAUUUUUACAAUAAUGGUAAUAAUAAUUGAAAUCAGAUAUUCAGUAUGAGAGUAAUUCAGUGGGUAUGGUCUGAUAUUAGUAUGACAUUUUAUAAAACGAUGU